GGAAGUGAAGUCACUUCCGGGCUAGGGUGUUUGUUUGGACUGGAGAAGGGAGGCGGCGGGCGAAGCGCACGUCGAGCGGGGGAGCGGCGCUGCCUGUGGAGAUCCGCGGAGGCCGACCGGACGCGUUGGCUGCCGUGCCCGCUGCCGUGCACUGGGUUAGAAACGACAACUAACGCCAAACAUGAAAGAUCCAAGUCGCAGUAGUACUAGCCCAAGCAUCAUCAAUGAAGAUGUGAUUAUUAAUGGUCACUCUCAUGAAGAUGACAAUCCAUUUGCAGAGUACAUGUGGAUGGAAAAUGAAGAGGAAUUCAACAGACAAAUAGAAGAGGAGUUAUGGGAAGAAGAAUUUAUUGAACGCUGUUUCCAAGAAAUGCUGGAAGAAGAAGAAGAGCAUGAGUGGUUUAUUCCAGCUCGAGAUCUCCCACAAACUAUGGACCAAAUCCAAGACCAAUUUAAUGACCUUGUUAUCAGUGAUGGCUCUUCUCUGGAAGAUCUUGUGGUCAAGAGCAAUCUGAAUCCAAAUGCAAAGGAGUUUGUUCCUGGGGUGAAGUACUAAAUAUUUGAGUAGACGGGGCCCUCUUUUGGUGGAUGUAGCACAAUUUCCACACUGUGAAGGCAGUAUUAGAAGACUUAAUUGUAAAAGCUCUCUUGUCACUGUGUUACACUUAUGCAUUGCCAAAGUUUUUGUUAGUCUUGCAUGCUUAAUAAAAGUGCUGAGACUGUUACUAAGUUAAAAGCUGUCAAACAUUUACUGAAAACAGAAUUGGCCCCAUGGCUUGAUGUGAAGACAGUGAGGAAAGAAGCACCAGUCAAGUUGUGUAAAAGCACCAAAUUAAAAGACCUCUAAAUCUUACUAAAUUGUCGUCUUUGAGGUUAAACUGGUCCCCUAGGGUUAAAUAACACUUGUAGAUGUCUAAACUUUUUUAAAAUCAGUAAACUUAAAUUGUUUUGUUAAGCAGAUUGCUCAGUUCACACUUAAAUUUGCAUUUGUCCCGUCAGAAAGAAUCUGCUUUUUCUGAAGAAGGUCUGUUAAUAUGAGAUAAUUUGUUUGUGUUUUUUUUAAUCAAUAUUUUUUAAUAUUGGGUACAGUUAAGGCUUAAGUAUACAAAUAUGCUUCGUUCAGGCACCCUUGUUGAUAAGGGGUGUCUCCCCGUGAGAUAAUUUGUUAUAGACAAGUAUGUCUUUGAUUCUGAGGUAGUGGUCAGAUGAGAGCUAGUCCUGGCUACUCUGGUAUAUUAUUAUGUUAGGGAUACUGAAUUCUGCUCCUGAUGUUACGUCUGAGAAAGUAUGUGAUUUGAAAAGUGCAUCUUCUAAGGAUUCAUUAUAUGACCAACACCAACCCGUAAUCCAAUUGAACAAAAAUAUUGUAACAUGAUUUGAGUGGUGCUUUUCCUUGCUUUGUUAACCAUCCUGACAGUAGUCUGCAGCACAACUUUUCUUUUAACAAAGCUAGAACAGUUUCAGCUUCUUAAACUUCAUAUUUGGGUAGGUUAAGCUGCCAUAUGUGUUCAGUGUGAAUAGUGUUUAAGUUGAAAAUAUUGUAAAAAAAUUAUAUUUUUUCAAAAAUAUUUAAAAAAAUAAAUAAUAGUAGAACUGA